CUUAGUUUGUGGUACACAGGUCACUGUGUUCAAAGAUUACGAUCUGAAUCGCCACUGCGUGACCAAACACGAAGAGAAAUACAAGAACUUGUCUGAUGAAGAGCGCGCAAAGGAGCCGGAGGCUGUGCUGGACACGGUGCAAACCCGACACGGACUUUUUACAGAACUUCCCACACCCAGAGAUGCAGCUGUCAAGACAAGUUAUGUCAUAUUUCACAAAAUCGCUAGAAAAAGUAAACCGUUUUCUGACGGAGAGUUUAUUAAGGAGUGUAUGGUGGACUCUGAUAUGCCCAGAGAAAAAGGGAGCAUUUGAGAACGUGCCCCUCUCCCCACGCACUGUAACGAGAAGGGUUGAGGACAUCGCGGGAAAUCUGGAGCUUCAGCUGAGGAACAGAGUGGUCAACUUUGACCAUUUUUCACUGGCUCUGGGAUUGAGCAGUUGCUUAUCUUUAACUAAUGCAAAACAUCUUUUCAGUAUUUGUGAAGAUUAACAAGUUAAAAAUAAAAUAAAACAGUGAUGCAAUGAUUGUUUUUGUUUUAAUCUGUUUAUUAAUUCUAUAGGAUUAUUUUCCUCUUUGACCUACACAACAAUUCAUGAAUUUACAUAAAUAUUUACAGAAUAUCCUUAUUAUUCUGAUUACCAGUAGCAGCUAAUCAAAAUAUAUAAUUUAUUGCUUUUUAGAUUUUGAUUAGCUUUUAGACUUUUUAAAUUAAUAUUGGGUAGAAUUAAGUACAAGUUAUCCUUGGUUCAGCCCUUCAGGCCCCCUGUAGAAAUUAAUUGCCCAGCCAUGCUCUAAACCUCUAAUAACAUCUGGUUACAUCAUAUAUCAGCUGUACAACAUUUGUGUGUGUGUGUGUGUGUGUAAUGCUAUAUUUUUGUCUGUUUGUUUUAUAGAAAUCUAUUUGUCCUGUCUACUUGUUUGCCCAGCUCUAAAUUUUCAGAGGAUGGCUUCAAUUGGAGACCCAUCUCAAGAAUCAGAUCUGAGGAUUAUCAUCAUUGGACCCAGUGAGGUUGAUGUGGCUUCAAUUGGAAACAUCAUCCUUGGGAGAGAGGUGUUUGGAUCUCAGAGUAGCAAGUGCAUAAAGAGGGAUGGAGAGAUAGCUGGUAGAAAAUUAACAGUGGUAGUCACACCUAAUCGAUGGUCCAGACUUCCACUGCUUGACAAUUCAGAGUGCGAUAAGCAAGAGCUAAUGCUCAGCAUGCUUCUGUGUGAUCCUGGACCUCAUGCCAUCCUUCUAGCCAUUGGUGAGGUCACAAAGGAUAUGGCUGUCUCAGUGGAGGAACACAUGGAGCUUCUUGGCCAGGAAGUUUGGGAUCAUACAAUAUUAUUAUACUCUUCUGACAACCAGCAAGAAAAAUGUGUAAAGGAAUCAGGAGCAGCUUUCGAGAGGAUUACAAAUAAAUGUGGACACAGAUAUCAUGUUCUCAGCAACACAGACCAUGGUGACAGAAUUCAGGUCACAGAGCUACUGAAGAGGAUAGAUGAGAUGCUACAGAAAAACAAAGGCAAACACUGUGAGAUACACAGGAAGAUCUACCUUGUACAGAAAUGGAGGGAAGCUGAAGAUAAUCGAGCAGAACAAAGACUACUAAUGACUCAGAAUCACAGAAAGAUGCUGAGAUCAAAAAUGGGAGGUUCAAGAGAAGAGGAAGAUGGCAGAAGACAAAGCUAAAAAGAGGGGACUGAAGACACAAGAGGAGAAAAGAGGAGCAACUAGUUCAGAAUCU